AUGGAUGGACCUGAAGAGAAAGAUUCCUGUUCCACUGCGACACCUGCGGUCAGCACGCGUUCAAAGAAAAACAAAAAGCAGCGACUGGAUAACGUUAACACUAAACCAACGCUGUCAACAGAGAAACGUGAUGAUACUUCUUCUGGCCUUGCCCCUACUGCAACUGUGCUUCUUAAUAAGGAGAGACAGGAAGUUGCGUUUCUUAAGGAGAAGCUGGAGUGGCAAAAGAUGAGAAUUGAAGAACUGAAAGGAGAGAGGGAUUUCCUCCGAAGUCAGCUAUCAUCUCUGUCAACGCAACCUAAAGACGAACCAUUAAAUGAUACGUUUAUCAACAAUCCUUCUGAAAACUUGGAUUCAUCUUCCACAUCUUCAUCUGCAUCAUCUGAGUGGUCAUCCUCAUCCUCAUCUUCACCCCCAAAGAAGCAAAAGCGCAAAUUCAAAAACAAGCAUUCAAAAGCCAAGAAAUACAAGAAGGAGGAAAAGAAGUUCCGGCAGCGUGUCCGAACACCAAGUGAGAUUGUGCAGAGAUACAAGUCCCUCCUCAAGACAUUUCCAAAGAUGAAGACCUUGUCCAAAGCUUUUCAGAAGCAUGGGAUUGACAGAAACACAGUUGUGUCCACGGCAUCAGUUGCUGAGCUCGCUAUCGCAGCUCCUCUUGUUUACCAGGAGCUGAUCUCCAACAAGCCCAGUGGAGAGACGGUACUCCAUUUUGCUAAGCGAUGUGAGGAAGAGAUUCAAAGCAAUGAUGAAGUGAAAAACAAAAUAGAAAGCAUGAAGGCUGAUGGAUCUUUGCUUCCAAUUCGAAGAGGCAAGUCUGUCUGAAAGCCUACUCAGUUAUCUGACUUGUUCUGUUUCAGCAUAUUUAGCUAUAGAACAGAUGUGUGUGAAACUGGUAAUUUUUUAACGAUCUGUUCAGUUAUGUGUUCAGUUUCCACACAACAAAGAUUUUUUUUGUCAUUUUUGUUUAGAAGGUUUUGUGUGUUCUAAGUGUAACCAAAACAACUGCACAU